AUGCCUCCUACGGCGACCGCAGCCUCCCCAUCAUCUACAGCCACCUGCCUCCAUAUCGAACCUGGUAAAAAUGGCUAUCUUCCUCCUGAGGCAUGCGGCGCUAUUCUUUUAUACAAACCUUCACUUGUACCCGCCGCUUUGUUUUUCAUCUUAUUCGGUCUCACGACAUUGAUCCAUUUCGUCCAAGUAUGCGUUCAUAGAAAAUUAUAUGCGCUAGUGAUUGUCAUGGGAUCGGGAUGGGAAUUCAUCGCGAUGGCUUGUCGUUCAAUGGAAACACAACACCAGAAUAUCUCUAAAUACUAUGUCUAUUUUAUGGUAUUCUUCUUGGUCGCGCCGAUCUGGAUCAAUGCAUUCCUUUACAUGACCCUCGGUCGCAUGGUCCAGUUCUUCGUUCCCGAGCAAACAUUGAUCAGAAUAUCGGCGCGACGCUUCGGGCUUAUCUUUGUGUGCCUAGAUAUCCUUGCAUUUGUCGUCCAGCUAAUCGGAGUUGGUAUUCUCGUCCAAACGGAUGCUGCUACCGAUGUGGUUCUGCGCGGAGUACACAUCUACAUGGCUGGAAUCGCAGUCCAAGAGAUAUUCAUCGUAUGUUUCAUUGGUUUGACAAUUCACCUGCAUCGCAGACUCCUGGAAAUAGAGAGAACUGGUGUCCAGGUGGGCAAGAUGGCCAACCUUGCCUUCAACUGGAGGUGGCUCUUUUACACAAUGUACUUUGCACUUAUAAUGAUAACGAUUCGUAUCGCCUUCCGACUGGCCGAAUAUUCAAAGGGCACCAGCGCCGAAGAGCCCACCAACACACACGAGUGGUACCAAUACGUAUUCGACGCGCUACCCAUGUUCCUCGCUGUUUUUAUCUUCACCAUAUUUCAUCCGGGUCGAAUUCUCCAGGGCCCUGAUUCUGGUUUCCGACACGCGAAAAAGGUCGCCAAGAUGGAAAAGAAACAGCGGAAGUUCCAAAAGGAGAAUCCAUACCCAAUGGCCAGUGAUGAUGUUGCUUUAGCGCCCUAUCCAGGGCACCACCAGCAGCAGGUUUAUGCCCAACCGUCUCCCCUUCUUCCGCAUAGCCCACCUCGAUCAUACUUCGGGUGA